UUGACUAACGUCAAAUUUUGAAUUUCAUGUACUUAUGUUGUGUGGUGUUUCGAGUUGGUUAUUUUUUGUUGUAAUUGUAACGUCUAACUGCAAUUGCAAAAAUGACUAUAACUUCACUUAAAUAAAUAAUUUAAUGACAGGCUCUUGAGUUGACUUCAUUUUCAUAUAAAAUAAUACUUCCAACUUUGGACGCAAUGGAAGAACCAACAGGAACAUUACGUUACGAGAAGAUAGACUUCUUGGGCGAGGGUCAGUUUGCAACAGUGUACAAAGCGCGCGAUGUUAAAUCGGAUAAAAUAGUUGCUGUUAAAAAAAUUAAAAUUGGAUCAAGAAUGGAAGCUGAAGAUGGAAUAAAUCGGACUGCUCUCCGAGAAAUUAAACUGCUGCAGGAAUUACAGCAUAUAAACCUUAUUGGACUUUUAGAUGUAUUUGGACAAAAAUCAAAUGUUUCAUUGGUAUUUGACUUCAUGGAUACUGACUUAGAGAUAAUUGUUAAGGAUAGUAAUAUUGUACUUACUCCAGCAAAUGUUAAGGCUUACAUGAUCAUGACUCUAAAGGGUUUGGAAUAUUUGCAUCAAAAUUGGAUACUACAUAGGGAUUUAAAGCCAAAUAAUUUACUAAUUAAUCGAGAAGGAAUCUUGAAAAUUGGUGAUUUUGGUUUAGCCAAAGCAUUUGGUUCACCGACACGAAUAAAUACUCAUCAAGUAGUCACAAGAUGGUACAGAUCACCAGAGUUGUUGUUUGGUGCAAAGCAGUAUGGCACAGGAGUAGACAUGUGGGCAGUAGGCUGCAUAUUGGCAGAACUGUUGCUCAGGGUACCCUUUCUACCAGGAGAGACGGAUUUAGACCAAUUGUCACGUAUAUUCCAAGUUUUUGGUACACCAACUGAAGAAACAUGGCCUGGCAUGAAGAGCUUGUCAGACUAUGUCCAAUACAAGCAUUUCCCCGCUCAGCAGCUGCGGCAUAUAUUCAGUGCCGCGUCCGAUGAUCUCCUGCAGUUGUUGGACAGUUUGCUCUCCCUCUACCCGCCGCGGCGGUGCGACUGUACGCAAGCCUUGCAAAUGCCAUACUUUAGCAACAAACCACCACCAUCUAUGGGACCCAAACUGCCAAUGCCUACUAAUUUAUUUAAAAUGGAAAUAGAGAAGCCAUCUUUGAAAAGAAAACUACUUGACAACAUUGAAGGUGGAUCGGUUGCAAAAAAGCUUCUUCAAUUUUAAAAUUUUAAAUUUCAAUGUUUAGAAACAAAGUGUAAUAUAAUAGUUGUAAUAUCACAUGCCGAGUGUGAUCAAUGUAUUUUGAAAAUAAAUACUGCCAUAAUGUUUGAGGUUGUCUCUGCUAGUGUAAAUGGGUCAAUUGCCUAGAUCAAAAUAUUAUUUUAAAGGAUUUACAUUUGUCUGACGUGACGCAUCAGAACUGAAUCUGUUUCAUACAGUUUUUAUACGACGCAUCAGAAGCCAUCACGACAUGUCGCAACACAUAAAGGCGGAUUUACAUUUGUCUGACGUGACGUGACGCAUCAGAACAGAAUCGGUAUUAUACAUUUUGUAUGGCAACGAUUACACUUAUGUGUUGUGACAUGUCGUGAUGGCUUCUGAUGUGUCGCAUACCAAUUGUAUGAAACCGAUUCUGUUCUGAUGCGUCACAACACGACACGUCAGACAAAUAUACAUCCGGCUUAAGUUUAAACGUUACCAUACAAUAUGCAUGAUACCGAUUCUGUUCUGAUGAGUCAUGACACCACACGUCAGACAAAUAUAAAUCCGGCUUAAGUGUAAAUGUUACCAUACAAAACGUAUGAUACCGAUUCUGUUCUGAUGCGUCACGUUACGUCAGACAAAUGUAAAUCCGCCUUAAGUUGAUCUUCCAUCCUGAACAUGGAGACACCCAAGUCAUGUGUGCAAUGUUGCGAGAAGCUAUUAAUGUAAAUGAAUUAAAUAUUAUGUUUUGCAUUAUUUUAAUGGAUAGCAAAAUGAAGCUGGGCUUGCAGCAUCCAGGGGGUAUAUAAAAAUGUUAAUUAUAGGAAAAAUAAUAUGAAAAUAUAUAUUCGAUAAUA